AUGUAACAUCAUCGUCAAAAUUCCGUCUACAAGAGUAAAGAACCUGGCUUUGCUAUGUUCAGAAAUGAUAUAGUGCCCUGCUGUCAAUAGUUUGCCUUCCGGAUUUCACUUUUCAAAAACUCGAUUGAUUUCAGCCUAAUCUACACCUCAGUCUGACCAUGCCUCCAAAACCAUAUCCCGAACCUCUCUCGAUCUCCCCUUUGUCUGCAUCCGAACACACUCACACUUUAAUCCUCCUCCACGGCCGCGGCAGCAAUGCUUCCCGAUUCGGCCACGAACUCCUCCGCUCCGCGAAUCUCCCCGCGCGGCUACCAACUGUCAAAUUCGUCUUCCCGACCGCGCGUCGACGACGCUCGACGGCUCUCAAAAAGAUCCCUAUCCAUCAAUGGUUCGAUAACUAUUCACUCGACGACCCGAACCAGCGGACGGAUCUGCAGGUGGAGGGGUUAUGUGAAACGGCAGCGUUUCUGAGAGAGCUCGUUGUGCAGGAGGCGGGGAUCCUGCGUGAGAAGGGGUAUGAGGACCAUGAUUCGUAUUCACGCAUCGUGCUUGGAGGGCUAAGUCAAGGUUGCGCGGCGGCAGCUUUUAGUUUGCUGGGUGGUGGAUGGGGUGAGAAUGGACGGGAGACGUUGGGUGCGUUCUGUGGAAUGAGUGGAUGGUUACCGUUCCAGGGGCAGUUGAGUGAAAUUCUAAAUUUCGGAAUCGAGAAUGACCACGAGUCCCUAGGUGGGCUGGACGAAGGAAUGGAUCAAUUAGAUAUAGAAUUCUCAGAGGGAAGCGAUGAUGAAGAGGAAGACGAGGACGCGGACGUUCAUGAAGAAGAUGACGAUAAUAACGACUUUGAAAGCAACGAUGAUGACACUGAGGAUAGCAGCUCCUCAGAUGAAGAUCCACAUGAACAAUACAACAAUAACGAAGAUCUGAGUUCGUUCGAUCCAUUUGGGGAGGAUAGUGACGACUCGGACCCCGGCACAAGCACCGAAGAAUUCUCAAGAACUAUCUCAGCGAUCAACCACUUGCGCGAUAUUCUUGAUCUCCCACCUCUCCUGAAUGCAGGUGAAGAGCACAAUUCCGUAUCAAGAAUCACCACACCAGCCGAUGUCAACCACCUUCGCACCCCUGUUUUCCUAGGACAUGGCGCGGCGGACCCAAAGGUCUCCGUCAGGCUUGGGGAGGAGAUGGUUCGGCUCCUUGCUGGACCGUUGGAUAUGGAUGUGACCUGGAAGCGGUAUGAGGGCUUUGGGCAUUGGUAUAAAGUCCCUGAUGAGAUCGAUGAUCUAGUUGAUUUUCUACGCACCAAAGUCGGGGUCCCUGUUAGGAUGUAAAUGGACCUUGAUCACAAUAUCAAUCAAUAUACCCUAAUUGGCGUCGUUUUCCAUCUUGUAAAAGUUGCUAGCCAACGUGUGUUCAUGUCAUAGAAUA